ACAAUUUUUGGUUUAUCCUUUUUAUUUCAGUUUUAUUUUGUCUGUUGAUUUUCACUUGUGACUUUGGAACCUUAGAAAAACUGCAUCUUGUUACUUGCAGAAGUUUAUCAGCGCUUUCCAAUUUUUGGUCAGUUAGAAUCCGAUCCGAUUUUGGUGGUGUUUUGUUUUGACAUAUCAUCUUUGCGUGUCUAUUGAGUUUGAGUCGGACUGUUUCAGUUGAUUUCUGGCCAAAUGUCCCUUCGCAGACAGGUCUUCGCUAUAUACCGCCAGCUGCUUCGCACCACUGAUUCCGUCUUCGGUGACGACCACUACGCCCGCUGCAAAGCCAAGGACGAGAUUAAGGACGAAAUCCGUAAGAACCGUGAGGAAACGGAUAAGGAGAAAGUGCUGGAACUGAUUAAAGUCGCUAUCCAAGUGGAUCGCGUGCUGCGCUUCGGAGUCCUCCAGGGACGCCUGAACGACAAGGGCAACUACGAAGUCAAGUUCCCCGCCGGUUUCGCGGAUAUCGAGGGCACGACGGGAACGACGACGGCCCAGAUGCUGAAGAAGACACCGGUGGAGAAAUCAUGA